GUUUUUUCUUUUCCUUUUCUCAUUUUGUUUUUAUAUCCACUGCACUCUCUCUGUUUCUCUCUCUAGGGUUUUAACCCAGAAGAGGACUUCAAAAAUCUCGGAUGCGAAACUCGCUGGAUUUCAAUUCAGAUCGUCGAAAUCAGUUUAUAUUGACAUCUUCGGACCUACUAAUUCGUCAUUUGGUAUGCAUUGUUACAGUUUAUCUUUAAACGGGCUGCUGGAUGAGUUAAUUUGGUGAUCUGCACGUCGGAACUCCUCUUGGACCGCCAGGUGGGAUUGUGCACCCAAGAAUUGUUAAUUCUAUUGGUAGCUGGCUGUUUGAGAUGUAUGGUCAGAGUAACUAUUCCACUCAGAUAGGUCAAAAUGCUAAUAUGUCUAGGCCUCCAUUGCAGCAGUGGCCUCCUCCCCCUCCUCCCUCUGCCUCUCAGGCUCCACGUCCACCUAUGUUGCCACAUGGUUAUCCACCAGGACCACAAGUUGGUCAGCGUGGCCCUCCUACAUAUCAGCAUGCCCAUCAUGGUGUACGUCACCCUAGUCCACCUUUUCCAGUUCCAACAAGUGGCAGCAAUUCUAGUCAAUUUUAUGCACUACCUCCUCCUCCUCCUCCAUCAGCACAAGUUCAUAGAAGCUCCCCAAUGCAGCAGUCUCACCAAGUUCCCGUGCAGCAUUCGCAGUGGAAUCCUAGUAUGCAUCAUGUUGCACCUGUAAUAGCUCCGGGUGCUCCUAGAAUUCUUCCACCACCUCCAUCACUAGGUCAAACGCCUUAUAGAGGUGCAUUUCAUCAGCCAUCGCCAGACAGUAUGCAAGUUUUUCUUCAUAACCUUCCUCCUCCUCCACCACCACCACCACCUAGUUCACAGAACCCUGGUUUAUCCACACCUCCCCCAUUUGAUCCCUCCAUGCAUUUGAAAAGCCAUGAUUCUCAUGUACAACCUGCGGUUCUUGGUCCUCGGCCACCUUUGCCGCCUUCACCUCCUGGGGAUCCACCUCUUCCACCAUCUUCACCACCUCUCAUAUCGUCCACUGCGAAUACUAAUGGUGCUAAAGAUGAAGGGGCGUUUGAGCACGAUGGAGGGAUUGUUAACAGAGAAGAUUUUCCGGUAAAUAGUAAUUCGGCUUCAGAUCUUCCAUCUUCUCCUCCUAAGCCUGUAUCACUAGCAGUUCCAGGAGAAGCCUCAUCAGUUCAACUUAUUAAUUCAAUAAACUCAGCUCCAUCUCAUUCCGCUGCUGAUUCUGAUAUGGAGAUGGAAGAUGAUAUCACCCAGCUAGAUGAAGAUCAACAGAUCCAUCCCUUUGGGGCUGAGAAGCAGUUAAAGGAUAGCUUGGCCGAAGAUAUACUACAUCGAAAUUCAUCGUUCUGUGGGCCCUUGGAGCCAGAGGAACAAAGACAAGAUACUCCAUAUAGUGCUCCAUCAAGUUUUCAGGAGCCCUCUUCUGAGGCCAACGGUUUAAACAGGGAUAAUGUACCUGCCUUGGAUGAUCAUGUGCAGACAUCAUCUUCUAUAGAGAAAGAUAUGAGCCAUCCUAGUGUAUCACCCACUGAUAAGGGAGUUCAUCUUGAAAAUAGUAGCAGUCAGCUCAUGGAAGCUGCCAGUCCUUUUAGGCUUAUUCAAGGCUAUGCCUCGGAUGACAGUUUAGAUAAUGCUAGUGAGAGUUGUCAUGGAAAUCUUGGCCCUUUGACAGUUCCUCCACCUAGCGAAGUUGUUACUAUAACUGCCAAGACAGAUACCGGGAAAUCCCCCAUAUCUUCAGUUAAACCUUCAAAUUCUGUUCCCAAAGAUGAUAAAGAAUCUUGUGCUGCUGUAAAAUUUGAGGAUUCCUUUGAUAAUGGUGUUGGAAAUAGAUUAUCUUUGAAGACUGAUACUGCUAAUGAAGGACCUCAUAGGGAAAAUAUCUUGAGCGUUGAUGAUAGUGACAGUUUUGAUUUGCUUAGGGAAGAUGCGAAGGAUAAAUCUCCUAUGCGGAAGGUUGAUGAGUAUGGGAGAUUGGUUAGGGAGGGAGUAAGUGACAGUGAUUCUGAUGAUUCACCAAGGUAUAAGCGGAGACGUGGAAAAAGAGGAAGAAGCCGGAGCAGAAGCCGCUCUCCUUAUGAUAGGAGGAGGAGGAAGAGUCCACGGAAGAGACAGGAGAGGCGGGGUCGUUCUCGGAGCAUCUCUCCAAAGAGACGCAGAAGUAGAAGCAAGUCACCUUCUAGGCGUGGGUUAACUUUUGGUGGUGACAAAACGAGAAGGGACAGAGGUCAUCUCCCACAAUGUAAAGACUUCCUUCGAGGCAAGUGUUACUAUGGAGCAUCAUGUCGAUAUUUCCAUGCUGAGCUUGACAAGAGUGGUGGAUCAAGAUCAUAUAGGAGCAAACAUCAGCACCAAGAUCUUCCGCCUAUUUCAAAGGAUUCUGAUAUGCACGAUUUAAAGGAUCUGGAUGAUUUAAAGGAUUCUCAUGCGCAUGAAAAUAUUGGUACUACUCUCGAGAAAUCGGUCCACAAUCAUGAUAAAUCCCAAAGCCAAGGUAUUCCUGCUAUGGAAGUGAGAUAUAUGAAAGAACCUGAACCUACUUCUCAGCUUUAUGGGAAAGAGAAUCAAAUGGAACAUACUGUGAGUCCAGUAAUUGUUGCUGAAGGGCAGAAGCUUCCUGGUGAUGAUGCUACCGGGGAAAUUCCCUCUUCAGCUGGAACUAUGGGAAUUCAUCAGUUUGAAGAUCAUGUCUCUGGUCAGAUGCUCCUAAAUGUGGAUGAGAAACUUAAAGAGAACUUUGAUUCGUCUGUUCCGGAGUCAUCAUCUGUGCAGACAUCAUCAAUGGUCACACCCGUCCAGCUUCCUCAAUUUGCAUCUGCCCAGACAGCACCCUUAUCAGCUUCCUUUUCUUCACUUCCGCAGGCUUCAAGUACUGCAUUUACUCAGCAGAUGCCCAGAGAUCACAACUUGCCCCCACCAUUUAAUUCUGCAUAUAUGGAAAGUGUUCCUCUGUAUCAAGCUCCAUUUCCUCAUCAACCGUCUCCAUUCGCUGUACCUCUGAGUUCCUCUUGGAAUUCUCUUCCACCACGUCCAGCACAGUCACAGCCACCACAUCCUCCAUUUGUGAACGACUCCUCUGGAAAUGCAGCUGGUGGACAACAUAAUGUUCCUCGGGGACAUUUUCAACCAAAUAUAGUAGUUCCAAGGAAUGAGUUCUAUUCGAGCUCAUUGCCUAAUAUUCCUCAAGGUGGUGAACAUCAUGCUUAUCUGCAGACUCAACCUAUCUAUUCUAGGGGUUCACCAAAUAGACCACCAGCUUUCCUUGGCGAACGUCUGCCUGUUGGUGAACUUCCUGUUCCAUCUUCUACGAGUUACCCUUACAUGCAACAGCCGCACUGUGGUCCUCAGACAGCUGGUAUUUCUCGACAUCUUGUUGAGCCUGGAGGUAGUUCCUCUAUGUCAAGGUAUUCAUCUGAUUCAUUAGACCAGAAUCAAGCUCCUCGGUUGCCUGACUUUGUUGGAUCCAGAAUUUCAAGUCAUUUCAACCCUUAUGCAUCUACAUUUGACCAGCCACUAACCACGAAAUUCAGUUCGGAUCUUUCAAUACAUGGAAGAGAUAUGCUCCCUAGUAAUAAAUACGGUGCAUUUAGUUUGAGCAAUAUGCCAAUUGAUGGCCAUCAUGCAGAAAACCUUGGUUCACGGAAUAUGACCCCACCAUCUGCCCGUGCAGCUGGAGGAAUGUUCAACCAGCCAGGUGGUAACCAGUAUGACCCACUUUACGACAGCAUAGAGCCAUCUACUAGCUCACUUAAGAAGUCUGAUCCUGGUCAAAAGCUUGAAGUAACUGAUGGCUCGGGUGGUAUGUUAAAGCUCAGUGGAUCCAAUGAACCACUGGAUGUUGAAGUAAACAAGAGGCAAAAAAGAGGUGGAGCUAUUGCAUUUACCGCAUCAGCAGAAAAUGAUGAAUUUGGUGAGACUGCUGAGGCAGAGGUAGGUGCUGUUGAGAAUGGAAGUCCGAGCGAUUCCAGUGAUGGGGAAGAUGUCCCUGCAGGAGAGAUUGAGAUCGAACAGGUAAAGCCAUCUGGGGAGAAAAAGAAAAGUAAGGAUUCCCGAUCUAUGAAGCUUUUCAAGAGUUCAGUUGCUAAUUUCGUAAAAGAGCUGUUAAAACCAUCAUGGCGCCAAGGUAAUAUGAGCAAGGAGGUGUUCAAGACCAUAGUCAAGAAAACUGUUGACAAGGUCUCUGGAGCUAUGAAAAGUCACCAAAUACCCAAGUCUAAGGCAAAAAUCGACCAUUACAUUGACUCAUCACAGAGGAAAUUAACUAAACUGGUCAUGGGCUAUGUUGAUAAAUACGUCAAGGUAUAACUGUCAGUUUGUGGGCUGUUCCAGUUGGCAACAGCAGUUAUUUUGCUGUGGUAUUUGUCAUUGCGGAUGCCGCUGCGCCACAGCAUACAACUACUUAUGCUUUGAAACAAAGUCUUUCCUGAUGAGCAGUGAGAGUUGCAUUGCUGCUUAGGGAUAAAAGCUCAUAUGCACGAGUAUGCCCAAAAAAUUGAUGCCUCCAAAUAUUUCCUGAAACGAGAAACGUGGUAUUUGGGAUUACUUUGCCAACAUCUACAAUCAAACCCCAAAGUGUUGAACCCUGUAUGAAGUGUUUUAUCUCUGCAGAUGAAGUACGAGGUCUAGACCUCAGCAGCACAUUGAGAAGGGCAAAAUGUAUGUAUUAAGUUUCUUUUUAGUUUAGUUUUGUUUCCUCAAUAUAUAUCCUUGUUGAAUGGGUGUUGUGUAUACGAAUAUUAAUAGCAAGCCUGUUAUUGAUUUUUUCUGCGUCAUUGAUAUUCCCAGAAUAUUAAUAGCAAGCCUGUUAUAGUUUUGUUUCA